AUGAAUGUAAGUGGCGCAGAUACCCAGGAAGAAGGAAAGUCACCAUACAUCUGGGAACGACUGGUGGAUAAGGAGCGGGAGCACCGGGCUGACCUGGCUGACCUGGCUGGCCUGGCUGACCUGGUUGACCUGGCUGUCCGGGCUGACCUGGCUGUCCGGGCUGACCUGGUUGACCUGGCUGACCUGGCUGGCCUGGCUGACCUGGCUGGCCUGGCUGACCUGGUUGACCUGGCUGACCUGGCUGGCCUGGCUGUCCGGGUUGACCUGGCUGUCCGGGUUGACCUGGCUGGCCUGGUUGACCUGGCUGGCCUGGCUGACCUGGUUGACCUGGCUGGCCUGGUUGACCUGGCUGGCCUGGCUGACCUGGUUGACCUGGCUGUCCGGGCUGACCUGGCUGUCCGGGCUGACCUGGCUGUCCGGGCUGACCUGGUUGACCUGGCUGACCUGGCUGGCCUGGCUGACCUGGCUGGCCUGGCUGACCUGGCUGGCCUGGCUGUCCGGGUUGACCUGGCUGACCUGGCUGUCCGGGUUGACCUGGCUGUCCGGGCUGACCUGGUUGACCUGGCUGUCCGGGCUGUCCAGGAAUUGCGGAGGUCAUGGUGA